CUCCCAGCUGGAGACAAUAAUUCUAAAAAAGAAAAGAAAAGGGAAAAAAUAAGAUAAAAUAAAAACAAACCCAAAAAACCCCGCCACUGAACAAAACUAAACCCCCCUCCUUUGCACUCCUCUGGAUAAGGAAAGUUCCUGCCCGUUAGAAUUGUCCUCGGCGUCCCCAACCUUGAUUGUCCUGGGAGUGAAUAAAUAGCGGGGACUCAGAUACAGCUGGGGGAGUUGGUGGGUGGCUGUUUGUGGUGAAGGUGCUUCUCUUGUGGGUGCAGGGAGGCAAAGGGUCCCCUUGCACGGGGACUUUGAGGGGAGACAGGACACCUGAGGGUUUUGGGGGGCUCUGGGGGUGCCACCAUGGCCCUUGGGCAGCUGAAGUUCAAGGAGCUGGGUGAGGAGGAGCCCACCUGGGAGGAAGAGAGCCUGGCCAGCGUGAAGGCGCUGGCGGCCAAGCUGAAGCUGCAGACACGGAGACCGUCCUACCUGGAGUGGGAAGCGCGGGUGCGGGGGCAGCCCUGGCGCAGCUGGACCCCUGCGGGGGCACGGGGGGCAGAGCAGGGCCCUGGGCACCCCGAGGGUCAGUGGGAUGGUGGCAUCUGUGGCUUUGCCACCAUGGAAGCGGCUCUGGAGUGGCUCAGGACAGAGCUGCAGGAGAUGCAGGCUGUGGACCAGCGCCUGGCGCAGCAACUGAUGCGCCUGCGGGCACAGCUGCACCGGCUGAAGGUGGAACAGGCCUGUCACCAGCACAAGGAGAUGCUGGACGAUGCCACCUUCGGCCUCGAGGGCUGCGAGGAAGACUCGGACCUGCUCUGUAACAUCCCGCCCAAGGCCGCCUUCCUGCUCUCCAUGCCGCUCAAGCACAUCGGCGUCACCCGCAUGAACAUCAACUCCCGGCGGUUCUCCCUGUGCUGAGUGCAGUGGGAACACGCGGACCACUGGGUGCAGAGCCCGGACAGGAGCCUGGGGGCACCCAUGGGUGCAUCCGGACCUGCGGGGCUCACAGAUCCCUCCCAAAAUUCCUCGGGGACUGCGGAGCUGCUGUUGGGGCUGAGCUCCCUCAGGGCAGGCGGUGCUGAGCACAGUGCCUUCGAGGGCAAUGCCAUGGGAAAUGCCACCAUCCCCAUUGGGCACAGGGCAUUUUGGGACACCCAUUGCUCUGUCCCUAAGGAUGGUGAGGUCAACUGCAGUGGAAAAUGUGGGGGGAGGAGAAAUAAAAGGAGGUAAAGGUGAGAACUGA